AUGCCGCUUGCUCCUACCAACUUCGAAUCAGUGAAUAUGAUCAUCAACGACAACUCAGAGAGGACAUCACUUCCAACAUGUAUCACCAGAGACAUGCUGGCAGCUCACAACGAGUCCAAUCCACCGCAUCUUCCCAACCGCUACUCAGCAUUCAUGUCAGAUUGCCCUGACAAUGAUGAUACUUACCUAGAUCAUGAGUCCGUUGGAUCUCUUGCUGAUGAUCUCAAUUGCGUAGAUGGCAGUUUCGGUGACAGCGAUCAACAUGAUGAAUCAGCUGAAUCUAGUUGGCAGGGUCUGGAGGCAGGCGAAAAAGAUGUUGAAUACACCACCAGCCCUGCACAUCAAUACCGAGCUCUGAUCCAUGCGGCCCCCACUCUUCCUGUUGUGGAAAAAGCACUCAAUGAUCUAAAGCUCGUCUUGAAGCCGUUGCAGAAGAACGGAGUGGGACACAUAUGGGUAGACUUGCCUUUCUUGCUCCGGGAGCGUCUAGAGCAGAUCAAAACAUUUUUAGGAAUGUUUAUCAGCAAAUCAAAGAAGGCAGAUAUGCUCGGAAAGGGCUCCUCACCUCAGUGGAUGGCGGCAUCGUUAGCAACAGCUAAUGCGCAUCAGAAAGGCACAUAUUAUGCAUGUCAACUACGUGCAUGGGCCAAGGCAUUCAUCAUGGACCGUGAUGAUCUCCCUUUCGACAAAUAUGGCCGAUCGAAAGUAUCAAAGCUUGAUAAUGAAGAGCUCACAAAUGAGCUUCACCUGCACCUACAAUCGGUUGGGAGAUAUGUCAAGGCAGGGGAUCUCGUCACAUACCUUUCGGACAAAGAAGCCCAGAGCCGCUUUGGACUCAAAUCAACCAUUUCCCUUGCAACAGCAAAGAAAUGGAUGCAUACACUUGGGUAUCGCUGGCGCACUGACCAUCGUGGUCAGUAUGUUGAUGGACACGAACGAGGAGAUGUGGUUGAUUAUUGUCAGAACAUUUUCAUUCCAGAAAUGAUGGCAUUACAAGCUCGAAUGAGACGGUGGAUGAUUUGGUUGCAGGACGAAGUCACGUUGAAACAGGUGACAAAGGUCAUGGACAUCCUGGAAAAGAAUUAUCCAGAGUCAGAUCAUGUCCUUGUGUUUGAUAACGCAUCCACACACCUGAAACGAGCAGAUAAUGCCCUAUCUGCAAGGAAGACACCCAAGGGAAUCCAGGAAUGGGGAGUUGAGACAAUGUUGUUGGGAGAAAAUGGAAGACCAGUCCAUGGGCGGGAUGGGAAGAUUCUAAAAACAAAGGUGCCGAUGCAAGACGGGCAAUUCACUGAUGGACAAAGACAGCCGUUUUAUUUCCCACCUGGCCAUAAGCAUGCGGGAAAGUUCAAGGGCAUGGCGGAGAUUCUGCGGGAGAGAGGGUACAAUGUUUCGAAGCUGAAGGCCCAGUGCACGAAGUUCAAGUGCCCAGAGGGGGCCACUCAAUGUUGUUGUCGAAGAAUACUCUUCAAUGAGCCAGAUUUCGUUGGUGUCCCAAGUCUCCUGGAAGAACACUGCCUUGCACGGCACUUCAAGCUAAUCAUCUUGCCAAAGUUUCACUAUGAACUCAACUUCAUCGAACAAUGUUGGGGAUAUGCUAAAAGACUUUACCAAUUAUAUCCACCCACCAAGAAGGACGAAGAGAUGGAAACCAAUGUUCAUAAGGCAUUGAACUCCGUUCCCAUUGAAUGCAUGCGUCGGUUUUCAAACCGGUCCUUACGGUUCCUAGACGCGUAUCGGAAAGGUCUAAAUGGAAAGCAAGCAGCAUGGGCAAACAGGAAAUAUCGAGGUCACCGCACUCUUCCGGACAGUAUUUUACAAGAACUUGAUGACAACCAGAUCACAUAG